AUGACCCUCAGCAGCCAAACCCGUGAGGUGAUUAUCGAGCAAAGGAGCGAGCAGCUCUCAUGGAAAACCAUCUGGAACUACAACACGGGCAUCAUUGCAACCAAAGUGGUGCAGGAGAGAACGUGCUACAUUUCCACCAUGAACAGACAUGAGAUGCCCACCUUUGAUGCCCUCGUCCAAUAUGCUUCAGAGAACAGGAACCAGAUCAGUCUUGGGAGACCUACCAAGAAGAUCACCUUUGUCACCAAUGGAUUGGUCAGCAACCUCCAGUCUUAUGGAUCAGAUGUCUUCUCUAUGUGCAGUGGACUCACCACCUACAUGGCUUAUGAGGUUCAUGGGACAUGCAGUGGGGAAACAAAUGACAAAAUAAUUUUAUUGCAGCAUUCAGCCCUUCCACACCUAAUUCUGAAAACAAAUAAAAGGUGGGAGGCUCACAUCAUUUAUUCUGCCUUCAGCAGCAUCAGCUCUGCAGUCAGGAUGCAUCUCCCUAUUUUGACUGCAGUCCUUCUUGGACUCAUCCUGACUCCAGCCCUUGCUGAUUAUCAUCAACAGACUGAAGUAAGCAAGAAAAUCUCCAUUGGUGGAGCCUACCAAAUUAUGACCAUCAAUAAGAAAUGGCUGGUGGCAAGUAUUGAACAAAAGACUAGCUAUGGGUACUGGAAAACCAUCUGGAACUAUGACACAGGCUUUAUGGCAACCAAAGUGCUGCCAGAGAGAGCUUGCUACAUUUCCAUAAUGAACAGAACAGAGAUGCCCAACUUUGAUGCUCUUCCCCAGCUGGCUGCAGACAUCAGGAACCAGAAUAGUCCAAGAACCCCUACAAAGGAGAUCACAUUCACCCUUGUGAAGAGAAUUAUUCGUGACCUCGAAUCAUAUGGACCAGACAUCUUCUCUAUGUGCAGAGGGCUCUCAACUUAUGUGGCUUAUGAGGUUCAUGGACCUCAAUUCAAUCUUGGAUCAUGCAUCAAGCUCGAUGUCCUUCAAUAUUUGGCCCUCACCUACUGCCAUAAUGGUGACUUUGUGUAAACCAUGCCUUUCCUGAGCCUUGUGGGGAUGCUCCAGCAGCAGCCUUGCAGCUGCUGCCCAAAGCCAGCCCUGCUGGAGUUAUUCCCUGGCAUCUCUUCCUUCAAGAGGUUCCUUCCUGAGGA